UCACACUCACACACUCAAAGAGAGAGAGAGGGAGAGAGAGAGACAGACAAAGAGAGAGAGAGCCUUGUUACACUCCUCCUCAGGGAUUUGCUUCCCUCCAGGGGGGCUCAGGGAACGGACCUGCUGCCCACACUGCUGAAUGAGAGAGACAGGAGAGAGAAUGGGGAAUGAAUGGGCCGAAUGAGCGAGUGAGCAGCAAGAAGUGGGACUCGUUUGACGGGUUUGGUUCCCCGCUGGCACCGAGCAUGCCUCACUGGCAGGUCCUGGCUGUCAGUGGUACCUGCGUACUGGUCUGCUUCCAAACGGACUGGGUGCUGGUGGAGCGGUCGCCUCUUCACGCCGCAGCUUUAGGCCUGAGCCAGUCCCAGCCUCAGCCUGCGCCGAUCACUCAGACAUGGGGCCGGUCUGCUGCAAGCCGGACAGACUGAAGAAACAACAUCUCCAAGGUGGAACAGGAGAGAAGGACCGGGCACCAAUCAGUCAUGAAUCCUUCCUGCUCAUGGCAAACUCCCAGACGGACAUGGAUGACUGGGUCAAGGCCAUACGGCGAGUCAUCUGGGCACCGUUUGGAGGAGGGAUAUUUGGCCAGCGUCUAGAAGACACGGUGCAGUAUGAGAGGAAGUUUGGCCCCCGGCUGGCCCCCCUGCUGGUGGAGCAGUGUGUGGACUUCCUCAGGGAGCGGGGUCUGGAUGAAGAGGGUCUCUUCAGAAUGCCGGGACAGGCCAACCUGGUCAAAGAUCUGCAAGAGGCCUUCGACUGCGGUGACAAGCCUCUGUUUGACAGUAACACAGACAUCCACACGGUGGCAUCCUUGCUGAAGUUGUACCUGCGGGAGCUGCCUGAACCAGUCAUUCCCUUCUCCAAAUAUGAAGACUUUCUAACCUGUGCACAGCUGUUGGCCAAAGAUGAGGAGGAGGGGGUCCAGGAGCUUGGAAAUCAAGUUAGCACUCUACCUCUACCUAACUUCAAUCUCCUCAAGUACAUAUGCAAAUUCCUAGAUGAGGUCCAGUCCCACUGUAUUCAGAACAAGAUGAGUGUCCAGAAUCUCGCCACAGUAUUUGGACCAAAUAUCCUUCGACCCAAGAUGGAGGACCCUGUCACCAUCAUGGAAGGUACCUCUCUGGUCCAGCACCUGAUGACAAUCCUCAUUAGGGAACACAACCGUUUGUACUCAGGGAGGGACCAGGAGGGACUCACCGUACCUCAAACAGAGCUCCCCAUCCAGGGGCAUCAGCUGCAACAUCGCAGCCUGGGAGCCUGGAUCUCUGAGGAGGACCUUCAGAGCGGCCCAGUCUCCAUCCCCGACCAAGAGCUAGACAGCAGUGCCUCGUCCCUGGACGCCAAACUGUGUGCGGCGGUCACACCCGCCCAAAGCCCGAACGCUGGACCCAAACUGGGGUCUUCUUCAGGGAAGGGCGAGACAGUGGUUAGCCCGAGCAAACAAUCCAAGACCAUUCCUUCCUGGAAGUACUCGUUCAAAGGCUCCUCAGCGCCACGUUCUCAGCCACAAGCCAAGCAAAGCAGUGGCGGCGCAGGCUCCGUGGCAGAUACAACUAGUGUAUCUCCUGGUGGCGGAGGAGGUGGAGGUGGUGGUGGGGGUAACUGGCUCAUGAAUGGUUUGUCCUCCUUGAGGGGACACCGGCGCACAUCCUCAGGCGAGCGGUCCGCCCGUGACCGCGACUCCACCGGCUCCUCGCAAAGACUAUCCACCUAUGACAAUGUCACCUCCUCCUCCAGCAUGGGGAGCGUACCGAGCGUGUCCAGCACCCCGUGGUCCACCUCCUCCUGCGAGAUCUCCGUUCCAGACUCGGCGAGCGAGCCUUCAGUGAACCAGAACUGUGGAGAGAGUGGGGAGAAGGGGGAUUGGAUGGAGAGCCAGAGGGAGAUCGACAGAGGAAGGGAUGGAGGGAUGAUGACGGACCCGAGCUCUGAGCAGGACAGCUGCGAGGCGAUGGAGCUGUGCAGCAGCAGUGCGGCCUGCAGCGAGAACGGAAACACGGUCGCGGCAGCUGGCGUGCCAUCCAUUAUCAUGUCCGAGGAUGGAGACGAGGUCAAUUCAACGCUGAGCAGUCUGGUGGAAGGACUGAAGGACGAGCUGAUGAAACAGAAGAGUUCCUACGAGGCAAGGAUAGAAAAACUGGAAGAGUCCAGUACUGCUCUGUGUGCGCAGAUGGAGCGUUUGGAACAAGAGAUGGAGCAGGAAAGGAAGAAGCAACGCAUGCUGGAGAUCAAACUGCGAAAUUCCGAACGGGCAAGAGAGGAUGCGGAGAACCGCAACCGGCUCCUGGAGAAGGAGAUGGAGGAUUUCUUUUCCACGCUGGGAGAUCUGGCCCUGGGUGCAAGGACUAGCGACAUUUGAUACGUCCGGGCCACUCGUCCGUCUUGUCUCCAAAACUGUGGCUGUCAUCAGGGUUCAUAUUUUGGGGGCUAUUUUCUUUCAAGCCCUCCUCAGUGCGUUCCUUUAGAAGAAGAACACAGCAAGAGAAUAAUGGAACUGGCCAUAUUUGAAUACAUUCAGGACAAACUCAGAUGGAAGAGGACAUUGUGAAGGAAGUAAAAAUCAAACUGGGACUGGCUGUGCAGUCCGUUUCAGAAUCAUCUCCAUCAAGCAUCAGGCAGUUGUGACUUUGUUUCACGUUAAGCUAGGGCUCCUGGGAUCACACUCCAGGGUAAUGUGAAGCAGCAUUUUAACAGUUUGGAUGAUCACAUGUAACUGGUGGAACUUCCUGUUCUCUGACACUCUCUGACCUGAGAGCACUGACCUCUGACACCACUACAGGACAUACUAUUGGAGAUGUUCAGUCAGCUGAUUGAAAUUUGUCUCAAUCUGAUACUUAUCUUGAACUUAGAUGUUUUGUAUGAUGUAUUUGGGCCAUACUGAAGAAAAAGAAAAUCUGAGAUUUUGAGAAUCAAGUUGUAGUUUUAAGAAUGAAUUACUAAUUGAGAGGAAAGUCACUAUUUAACAUGAAAAAAUCAUACUUUAUUUAGGAAAAAGGCAUAAUAUUACGAGAAUAAAGAGAAAGACAUUAUUUAGUCAGGUUAAACUCAUGGUUGCUGCAGUUUGUAAGUUAACAAAAUGCUCCACAUUCCUCACUUAACACAGGUGAUCUUCUGAUAUCCCCCCUGUAAAAUGACACAAGCCUGAAUUUACAAUUU